GUUUUCUCGACAGUUUUGAGUUACGAGGUUUAGUCACAAGCUCUUAAUAUAAACUUCAAUUCAAGCUAUAGGCAAUAAAUAAUAAAAAAUAAUGUUAUUAACCGUUGUUUUUCCUAAUCAAGCCAUUUUGAGAACGAUAAUGUUACAGAAGAAAUGCAUGAAUUUUAAUAGAAAUGUUAAAAUAGUGAUUCUCCUCAGAGUGAACCGACUGAUUUUUUUUAACCCUGAACUAAGGCUGUGUGGCUGGAAGUUGUUGUGUUUCUGCUCAUAUCUUUUUUCUGUUCUCUUCAUUCCUUAAGCGAAUCUGCUUAAGGCUGAGAUUACUUUAUAAUAUACACAGGUGUUGUGGCUCAGAUAAGGUCCAGCUCUGGUUUAUUUGCUUUGCUUUUGACUGACAAGUGGCAUUGCUGUGGCCUGCUUGUGGUCCAGAUCUGGCAAACAGGAACAAGUGGCGCUCACCGCAGAGCCAAAUGACAUCCAGAUCCCCCUCUCUGGACUUAAUGGAUGGAGUUUGACCUAAACCAGCUCCACCUCUGGGUUCUGGGACCUAGUGGGUUAUAGGUAUGGUUAAAGUGCUCACUCAAAAAAUAAAUAAAUAAAUCUGGUUUCUCAAUAACUCACCACUGAAUAGGUAAAAACUAAACAUUGAACCUUGAAAAUCUGUAUAUUUACCCCAGGGUGUUAUUUACCUUUACUGGCAAGUAAAUUAUGUAAACUGAGGUUUCUGCUCCAAGAAAUAUGUAACUUUCAUUUUCUCACGAAGACCCUCCCCUUCAGGUAAGCUAUAAAUUGGACACUGAAACAGAAGCGUCUUUUCAUUCACCUCCUGAUCAAAGAUGGAUCUGCAAAUCUCAGUUUUUCUUCUGUUCAUUCUUUUCACUGCAGGUACAAAGACAAAUGGUGUUUGUAAUGUUUUUUAAGUACAAAUGCAGAUCACUGAUGUCUCACUGUGUCUGUUUUAUUCCUGAAGGACACUCUCUCAGCUGUUAUAAUUGCACGAGUCUGAACGGUACUUGCGCAAUUCAAACGGUACAAACAUGCUCCAAUGGAUCUCAGUGUGUGAGUUCUACAGAAGUGUCACAAUAUGGUAAUAAUACUUCAGAGCUGAAAUUUAAAGGUUGUGCUGAUGACUGUCAAAGUGGAUCCAUAAACACAGGCAUUGUAAAGAACACUUCUUCCUGCUGUAACACAGACCGGUGUAACGAACACGAUGCUCCAGAUCCCUCUAAUGUCCCCAAUGGAAAGAUAUGUUUCUUUUGUGAUGGGCAGAACUGCACAAACAUAUUGAACUGUUCAGGGAGUGAAGACCACUGCUUCACACAAACAGAGGCUUCCGGAAACCAAUCAGUUGUUGGAAAAGGCUGUAUCUCUAAAUCUUUUUGUAAUUUCUCAACAUCGGUUAGCAAUGUUACAGUCAUCAGAUGUUGUGAGGGGAACCUGUGUAACGGUGCUGCCAAUACAAAUUUCACACUGAACACCAUGUAUAACGGUGAUAACAGCGUCACCCCGAGCUCCAUGUAUAACGGUGAUAACAUCACCCCGAGCUCCACGUAUAACGGUAAUAACAGCGUCACCACGAGUUCCAUGUAUAACGGUGAUAACAUCACCCCGAGCUCCACGUAUAACGGUAAUAACAGCGUCACCCCGAGCUCCACGUAUAACGGUAAUAACAGCGACACCCCGAGCUCCACGUAUAACGGUGAUAACAGCGUCACCCCGAGCUCCACGUAUAACGGUGAUAACAUCACCCCGAGCUCCACGUAUAACGGUCAUAACAGCGACACCCCAAGCUCCACUUAUAACGGUAAUAACAGUGUAACCCCAAGCUCAAUGUAUAACGGUAAUAACAGCGUCACCACGAGCUCCAUGUAUAACGGUAAUAACAGCGUCACCACAAGCUCCACGUAUAACGGUAAUAACAGUGUAACCCCAAGCUCAACGUAUAACGGUAAUAACAGCGUCACCACGAGCUCCACUUAUAACGGUAAUAACAGCGUCACCACGAGCUCCAUGUAUAACAGUAAUAACAGCGUCACCACGAGCUCCAUGUAUAACGAUAAUAACAGCGUCACCACGAGCUCCAUGUAUAACGGUAAUAACAGCGUCACCACGAGCUCCAUGUAUAAUGGUCAUAACAGUGUCACCCAGAACACUACGUAUAGCGGAAAUAACAGUGUAACCCCGAGUUCAAUGUAUAACGGUAAUAAUAGUGUCACCCCGAGCUCCACGUAUAAUGGUCAUAACAGUGUCACCCUGAACACCACGUAUAACGGUAAUAACAGUGUCACCUUGAGCUCCACGUAUUAUGGUAAUAACAGUGUAACCCAGAACAUCACACAUAACGUUAAUAACAGUGUCACCCAGAACAUCACACAUAACGUUAAUAACAGUGUCACCCAGCACACCACACAUAACAGUGCUCAGAGUGUCACCCAGAGCUUCCUGUUCCUCUGCUGUUCUCUGUUCUCCUACUUCCUGCUGCACUGAAUGCAGCAGCUCUUCAAAUUCUAUGUUGUUAUAUGCUGUACAGAAUAUAUAACUUGUAUUUUCUCUAAACUACAUUUAGUGUUCUGAUGUGUCAUUUUUUAAAUUAAAAUACGGUGUUUGGACAAAAUAAUGUGAACACCUAUUAUUAUAAGGGUUAAAUUUGGUGAAAACACAAACAUUGCAAUUAUCUUUUCUUAAAUUCUCUAGUUUGUAUAUGAGUGCCAUAUAAGUGGUUUUCAGUAGUGUUUAGUACAAACCAUGUGUGAAAUGGGUGACUUGUCAGAUGUCCAAAAAGGCCAAAUCAUCAGAGCCCAUUUAACAAGAACAUCUGUAACCUUAAAGGGUUAGUUCACCCAAAAAUGAAAUUCUGUCAUUAAUUAUACUCACCCUCAUGUCAUUCAAAACCUUUAAGACUUUCGUUUAUUUUCAGAACACAAAUAAAGAUCUUUUUGAUGAAAUCUGAGAGAUUUCUGUCCCUCCAUACACAGCUACGGAACAGACACUUUUACGCUACAAAAAGUUCAUAAGAGAUGGUAAAACUGGUUUAGUCCAAGUUUUCAGAAGAGACUUGAUCGCUUUAACUGAUGAACAGAUUGAAUUUAGGCUUUUAUUCACAUAUAAACAUUGAUCAACUCACAUAAACAGAAGCUAAACCAAAACUGCUUGACACGCAAGAACAAAACUUGAUGAAGCUCAAACGUGCUUCAACACGAGAAGGAACCUCAUUGGUUCUCGCACGCAUCAAGCAAUCAUGCUUGAGCUUCCAUUUACCACAACUGAUGUGUGAGUUGAUGAAUGAUUUUGUGAAUAAAAUCCUAUUCAUCAUAUAAAGCAAUCAAGACUCUUCAGAACAUUUGGACUAAACUGUUCAAUUCAUAUGGAUUACGUUUACAAUCUCUUAUGAACUUUUUGAAGCAUCAAAGUUUCAGUUAUGUAGGUGGUCUGGAGGGACAGAAAGCUUUUAGAUUUCAUCAAAAAGAUCUUCAUUGGUGAUAAAAGAUUAAAGAAAAAGGUUUGGAACAGAAUUUUCAUAUUUGGGUCAACUAACCCUUUGAUUGCCCAAUUGUUGUGCGUUUUAAGAACAACAGUCUGUAUGAUUAUGGUGACACACAAGUAUGUUAGUGAGAGUUAAUUGUUAUUAUUUAAAAUGAUGUAACGUUUGUUUUUAAAGGGAUAGUUCCCUGUUUUUAAAGGGAUAGAUA